AUGAUUAAGGUACUUAUAUGGAAAAUUAGGUAUGUUAAUACUCAACAGGCCUUUCAGAGAUUGGUAAAUUUACAAAGACAGCACAAGUUUGACAUAAUAGCACUCAUGGAGCCAUUUCAGAAUAGCAGGUACUUACUGAAAUAUAAGAGAAGACUUGGGAUGGAGACAGUCUUGGCCAAUACAAAUGGAAAGAUUUGGGUCUUUCUUGAUGAUGCAAUACAGUGUGAUAUCAUUAUGGAUACUGAUCAGCAGGUAACUUUAAAGGUGCAUCAUCAAGAACUAGAUACUGAAAUCAUUACUACUUUUGUGUAUGCCAAAUGUGAUGAAGAAGAAAGGCAAGUACUAUGGGAUAAUAUGUAUCAAAUAGCUAGUUCACUCAAAAACCCUUGGUUAGUUGGGGGUGAUUUUAAUGUCAUACUGUCAGAAGAGGAAAAAUUGGGUGGAUUACCUAUUACUCUGAAUGAAUGUGAAGACUUUGCUUUCUGUGUUAAUUCUUGUGAGUUGUUUGAUAUGGGUUACAAAGGAAGUCCAUACACUUGGUGGAAUGGAAGAGUUGCAGAGGAUUAUAUUUUUAAAAGAUUGGACAGAAUUUUGAAACUGAAGAAUCUUAAGAAGGCAUUAUCAGCAUGGAGCAGGGAUACUUAUGGGGAUAUUUUUAAACAAGUCCUAAUCAGGGAAGAAGUGGUGAGGGUGAAAGAACAGUUGUUUGACGAAGAUCCAAGUAUAAUCAAUAGGAUUGCUCUUCAAAAAGCUCAAGCAGAAUUGAAGAAAUAUUUGAUCAUUGAAGAACAAUAUUGGAGACAAAAAGCAGGAUUUGCUUGGUACACUGAAGGGGACAAAAAUACUUCUUUUUUUCAUAAUCAUGUCAAUGGAAAGAGGAAAAAAUUACAGUUAAAGAGAAUAUAG